CUUAAUUAGACAACAAACACCUUAUUCUCUACAUCCCUCUAGCUUUUAUAAUAACUAAAACUAAAAGUCCUCACUGCUGUACUCUUUCUCACAUUUAUCCACUUUCAUUUUUGCAUCAGAAAGCAAAAAAGUAACAUGAAUAAUGAUGAUCAAAUGUUACACAUUUCUCAGUACUAUUCUGGUAUCUAUACUCAACAGUUAACUCAACAAGGAGAGGGUAAACCGAAGAGGAGAAGAAAGAAGAACAAAGGAGAUGAUGUAAACGGGGCGAUGAUGAUGAUGAUGAGGAAGAGGAAACUAAGUGACGAACAAGUGAAUUUGCUCGAACAAAGUUUUGGACAUGAACACAAAUUGGAGUCGGAGAGGAAAGACAAACUUGCCUCGGAGCUAGGUCUAGACCCGAGGCAAGUAACUGUGUGGUUCCAAAACAGAAGGGCUCGAUGGAAGAGCAAGAAGUUAGAGGAAGAAUACUCUAAGUUGAAGAAUGAACAUGAGACUAAUAUUGUUGACAAAUGUCGUCUUGAAAAUGAGGUAUUGAAGCUAAAGGAACAGAUGUGUGAAGCGGAGAAGGAGAUACAACGGCUAUUGACAGAGCGAUCCGACGGCGUUUCGAUCAAUAGCCCAACAACUUCAUCACUCUCAAUGGAAGCAGCCAUGGAUCCUCCUUUUCUAGGGGAGUUUGGGUUUGAUAAUAGUUUUUAUGGGCCUAGUCAUGAAGGAUUGGAAUGGGUUAAUAACCUGUACAAUAUGCCAUAUCAUAUGUGACCUAAUCACUAGCUAGUAGUAAUAUUUUAUGUGUGUAUACAUUAAUGAUCUUUUCUCCUUUGUAUUAUUAGUGUGUAUUAUUAUAUUGUUAGUAAAAUGACUAGCAAGAUAUGGAAUAUAUAUAUAACUUUGCUUUUGAGUA